CUUUCAACUAAAAUGGCAAUUAUUCUUGAGGAUGAAGCCCCUAUUCAUGGAGAUGUAUUAGAAACUAUUCUUUCACACGUGCCACUUGUCGACUUAGUUCCUUCUUCGUGCGUUUCAAAAUCAUGGAAUCGAGCCGUUACUUCUUCUCUCAAAUGCUUCAACAAGCCGAAGCCUUGGCUAAUUAUCCACACUCAAUGCACUCGCUCACCUUAUGACAUUUCGGUACAUGGUUAUGACCCUCGCUCAAAUGUCUGGGUCGAGAUAUCUCAACCAUCUAUUAAGUAUGUCUCCGCACUCCGAUCAUCUCAUUCGAAUUUACUCUACAUGCUUUCUCCAUCGAAGCUAUCGUUCUCACACGACGCGAUGAAUCUCACGUGGCAUCACGUGGAUGCGCCGCGCGUGUGGAGAACCGAUCCUAUUGUGGGUUAUGUAGGUGGCUCAAUCGUUAUAGCCGGUGGCACGUGCGAUUUUGAAGAUGAUCCAUUAGCUGUGGAAAUUUACAAUAACGAAACAAACACUUGGGAAACGUGUGAAUCAAUGCCGGCGAUACUCAAAGACUCUGCGGCGUCUACGUGGCUGUCAAUCGCUACGACCGGAGAUAAACUCGUCGUCGCCGAGAAAUUCACCGGAGUUACUUACUGUUUCGAUCCGAAAACUAAGAAUUGGUCAGGUCCGUAUGAGUUAAGGCCAGAUCCACGUAUUUUUCACUCGAUUAUCGGGUUCGCGAACAACCGAUUGAUCCUGAUUGGAAUGAUAGGAGAUUCUGAAAAUGUGGCCGGAGUUAAAAUUUGGAAAGUGAAUGCGGAGAAUUUUGAGUGUGAGGAAUUGGGGGAAAUGCCGGCGGCGUUGAUUCAGAAGGUUAAGAGUGAAACAUAUGGAGUUUCUUCGAUUAGUGUUUGUUUAGCUGGAGAUUAUGCGUACAUGAGCAAGUCGUCGGAGAUGGCGGAGGAGAUAGUAGGUUGUGAGUUCAAAAACGACGGCGGAUUACAGUGGUGGAGCAUGAAAAACGAGGCUGCCGGUGACGGAAAUAGAUCGCAGAGAGUGGUGUUUAGUUGUUCUGUUAUUGGGUUAGGUGAUUUGCAACGAGCUAUGUUAUUGGAAAAUCGGAAAUUUACUGUGAAAUUGUGAAAAAAAAAAAUGAGGCAUGG